AUGGCUCUCCCCGUCUUCGCCUUGCUAACGCUGGGCUCGCUGGCCCUGCUGGGCCUCUACAAAUUCCUUCUCUACCCCUUCCUCUUCCACCCCUUGCGACACGUCCCCUCUGCGCACUGGUCGAUCCCGAUCUUCGGAGACGCCUGGAUCACCUAUCAACGGUACAUGGAGAGGAACAAUGCCGUGACAUACGCGGCGCACGUCAAGCACGGGUCCGUCGUGCGCAUGGGUGCCAAUGAGUUGAGUGUCAACUGCGUGGACGACGGCAUCAAGACCAUCUACGCGGGGUCCUGGGAGAAGCAUGCCUGGUAUCCUCAGAGGUUUGGCUCAUAUGGGGUCAUGAACAUGUUCUCGACAAUCCACCACGGGCCUCAUUCGCAGAAGAAACGCACCAUGGCCAACGUCUACUCAAAGUCCUUCAUCGCCUCCUCCCCACAAGUCGCCGCCAACUCACACACCUUGUUCACAACGCGCUAUCUCCCGUUACUCCAAAAGCUCUCCGAGACGGGCGAACCCGCCGACGUGCACGACAUGAACAACGCCUUUGCCAUGGACUUUAUGUCGGCGUAUCAAUUCGGCCUGGCGGCGGGGACAAAUCUCACCCAGGACCUGGCCACGAGAAAACACAUCCUCCAGCAGUACCACUGUCGGCGGGACUAUGAGUUCUUCUCGGCCGAAGCGCCCUGGCUCAAGAAGCUGACAAGAAGUCUCGGCUUGCAAGUCGUGCCGUAUUUCGUCGACGAGGCCAACGUCCUCCUCGAGGAUUGGAACGCCGGCAUGUGCCGCAAAGCCGACAAGUUCCUCCUCUCCCAGGAAACAUCCUCCUCUGCUGUAUACCCCGGCGACGAACCGGUCGUGUACAAGCAGUUCAAGACGGGCAUAACGAAACUCCGCGAAAAGGACCCCAACGCCGGAAAGGCCACGGGUGCGGUCAUCCUGCCGACGACCCGACACGACGAACUGCACAGCAGUGACGACAGUAACAGCGACGACACCACGACCGCCGAGAUCUACAGCGAAAUGCUGGACCAGCUGGGCGCCGGGCACGAGACCUCGGCCAUCGCGCUGACGUAUCUGUACUGGGAACUGAGCAAGUACCCCGACCUACAGAAGCAACUUCGCGAAGAGGUGCUGACCCUAACACCACCCAUCAAAUGGCCGCUACAGCCUGCAGGAUCUGGGAAACCAGCCGAGGACUUCAAGCUCCCGGACCCGAAACAAAUUGAUGCCCUCCCGCUGCUGAACGCCGUCCUGAUGGAGACACUGCGUCUGCACGCGCCGAUCCCGGGCAUCGAGCCACGCAUCUCUCCGAAUGUGCCCGGCGGGAGCACGCUGGGCGCCUACUCCAACAUUCCCGGCGGCGUGCGCGUCUCGGCCAUGCCGUACGCCCUGCACCGCAACGAGGACGUCUUUCCGGACCCGGAGACGUUCCUGCCAUCGCGCUGGCUGCCGUCGCAUUCCUCGGAGGAGCAGCUCAGGGAGAUGCACCGCUGGUUCUGGGCCUUUGGAUCCGGCGGCAGAAUGUGCAUCGGCAGUCACCUGGCCAUCCAGGAGAUCAAGCUGCUCGUCUCGGCCAUCUAUAGCAAUUGGGCCACGGAAAUCGUCAACGAUGAAGGCAUCGAGGAGGUCGACGCGUACACCACAAAGCCCAGGAGUAAUCGAUUGAUCCUACGCUUUUCGCACGUUUGA